UUGAGCGAGCAGCGAGAGGGAGAUGAAGGUGCGUUGCGCUGGUGAAGCAUUCCUGUACAAGUACAAGGAGCCCCAGUGAUGACAUCUCCCAGCUCCAGUGGAUAAAGCACCAGCAAAGAAGCAAGUUAAGCAACAAUGUGAAAUGAAGGAAUCUUGAUGGCCCUAAUUCCAUAAAGCUCUCAAGUCCAGGUGAUACAGAGGAAGGAACUGAGCCCAAGAAGAUCAAUUCUCACCACCACCUUCCUGCAUCAUGCUACUGAAUAAGAAAGGGAAAAUAAGUGCAUAUUCUUCAAGAAGCUAUUCUUUUUCAUCUGCUCCGUUACUUCAUCUGCGUGGCAGUGCUGGGCCCACUCUUGCAUCACCCAAAGUGAGAGGGAGUGAAGGUUAAUGAUGGCACUGAAUCUGUCACUAUUCUUGAGCCAAAGAUUUUCAGGAGAGGGGACUGGAACUGUUAAUGGACAUCUGCUUUCACGGCAUGGCCCAGAUAUCUAGCAGCAAUGAAUUCAUACAACAUUCAUCACCAUCUUUGGGUACCACAAGGGCAAAAGAAGUGGACAAAGAAGAAGCAUUGCAGAUGGAAGCUGAGGCUCUGGCUAAGAUGCAAAAGGAAAGAGUAGUAGCUGGUAAUAAACAAAGCAUUGAUAAUUUGAGUAAGUCCUGGCCAAAUGUACAAUCCUGCAGAAAACAGGACCAGGAUCUUAUGGUAUUUCCAGAGUCUGAUGUCAAGAAAAAGGUGGAUAAAUUAAAUGCAAUUGAUAUAGAGAAACUUACCCAUGCCGAGCUAGAGAAACUACUACUAGAAGAAAAUUUUGAAUCCAGCCAGCCUCCUAUUCUACCAGCUACUCCUAUUCUGAGCCAAUCUUUCUCUUCACAGUUUUAUUCUAACAGUACUGUUCAAAGAGGACAUUGGCCACCUGGGUUGAUUGGACCUUCUACUUGCACUGUACCUUCUGUUUAUGCAGUAUCCUCUUACAAUAAACAUGUUGGUAUCUUUCAGAAUGGCUUCCAUCCAGGUAUGUCUGCUUACCAGUCUACAAAGCCUAUUUAUCUUAGUCUUCCAGAAAGGUCCCAGUAUAUUUCAUAUGCACUUCCAGCUAGCACAACUUUCCAUCCACAAGGAAAUUUGCCUAUAUAUCAUUCAACACUUACACCUGAAAUGGCAAAAGUGUUUGAUAAGAUAGCAAGCACUUCAGAAUUUCAGAAAAAUGGGAGAUCGACCACAGACUUAGAAAUGACUGGUGCUAAAGCUGCAAUUAAUUUGCCAACCUCUGAAAACUCCAGUGAUAUUAGUAAAUUUGAUUGGUUGGAUUUGGAUCCUUUAAGUAAGCCAAAAGUGGACAAUAUGGAUAUAUCAUAUUCUGCAGAAGAUGGUGGAAAGGUGAAUUGUAGUACAGUUAUAGAAGAUCCUUGGGAAGCUGUGCUGCUGGAGAAGAAGCCCUCAGGAAAAUGCCAUCUUGAAAGAAAAGUUAGUGGGAAAUUUACUUCUGGGGCAACAGUUACAAGAAGUCAGUCUUUAAACAUUCGAACUGUUCAGCUUGCUAAAUUACAGGACCAAACACCACAGACAGACAUUGGGACCAGUAGCCUGCCAACCAGAAAUAAACUUCUAAAAAAUACUGAAAGACAAAAUCAAGAACAAGCAGCAUUUUGUGAUGCCAUUGCAAAGUUGAGGACCAAAUUUCCCCAUAGUGAUCAUGACACAAACCCAGGCUUUGUGUUGAGUCCGGUCAUGUUACAAAGGAACAUCAGUGGAGAGAACUCCAGCAUCAAAAUUUCAAUAGAAAUUGAAGGUUUCCAACAGCCAGUGACAUUUACAUGUGAUGUGAGUUCUCCCGUUGAGCUUAUAAUAAUGCAAGCACUUUGCUGGGUGCAUGAUGACUUGAAUGAUGUAGACAUUGGAAGCUAUAUCUUGAAAGUUUGUGGAGAAGAAGAAGUUUUGCAGAAUAAGCAUAGUGUAGGAAGCCAUGAAUACAUUCAGAACUGCAGAAAGUGGGACACAGAGAUAAAACUGCAGCUCUUGACCCGUAACUCUAUAUGCAGAGAUCUGGCACGAACGGAAGAAGAUGAUGAUGAAAUAUCGAUCGAUUUGACCAAACAUCUCUGUCAUGUAGAAAAGCUUUUCAAAGAGAGCAUUCAUAGCCACUCUCUUGAGGAACUGUUUGACACAUAUCAUAAUCAAGUUGACAUGCUACUUAAUACUGAGAACCAACUUAAAGCAGUAGAUCAAGUUAUUAAAGCUGUCCAAAAUAUUUGUGAUAUAUUGGAUGGGGUAGAGACUCCUGCAAUUACGAUGUCUGUAAAAAAUCUAAGAAGAGCAGUUAACCUUCCAAGGAGUAAGAGUCCUGAGUUUACACAGGUAUCUUUAGCAUCUUCUGAUGACUCAAGCAAAAAUAUAGUUGGUUCACUGCAACCAGAAAACCCUCUGCAGAUUAUCAUAGAUCAGCUCACCUCAGCAGUUUAUGGUCUUCUUCAACUCCAUUUGAACUUGUGCAGCAGUCUUUCUUCAAAACCUCCAAAGAGUAAGAAGAGCACUAAAGAAGCAUGGACUGCCACAGAGCACCUUCAGUUCACAAUAUUUGCAGCUCAUAGAAUUCCCAGUGGCUGGAUCUCACUUUAUGAGAAAUACUACUUGGUUUGCUCUCUUACCCACAAUGGAAAGGAUUUGUUUAAACCUGUCCAGUCCAAGAAGGUUGGCACAUACAAGAAUUUCUUCUAUUUGAUUAAAUGGGAUGAACUAAUAAUUUUUCCCAUCCAAAUCUCACAGUUGCCAUUAGAAUCUAUCCUAUGCCUUACUCUUUUUGGAAUCUUAAAUCAAAAUGGCAGUUCACCCGAUUCAAAUAAACAAAGAAAAGGUCCAGAGAUGUUGGGUCAAGUUUCCUUACCUUUGUUUGAUUUUAAACGAAUGCUGACUUGUGGAACUAAACUUUUAUACCUUUGGACACCUUCCACAAAUACUGUUCCUGGAGUGUUGCAUAAAAAAGGAAAUCAAAUGGAAAGAAUAGCAAUGCAGGUUGAUUUUCCAUCAUUACCGUUUGACAUUGUAUACAAAAUUCCUCAAGGUGCAGAGAGUUCCACAUGUCAUUCCAUAGAAACAUUGGGGAAAAAUUCAAGAGAACGCCUUCUUUCCAUUCUUUCCAAAGAGGGUACACUUGAACUAUCUAGGAAGGAUAAAAGUUUUUUGUGGGACAAACGCCAUUACUGCUACACAGAUGUAAAUAGUCUUCCAAAGGUGUUAGCCAGUGCACCAAAAUGGGAUUUGUCAUAUCUCCCUGAAAUAUAUUUACUGCUUCAGCAGUGGGCUCCAUUACUUCCUCUGACUGCAUUAGAAUUACUGGACUACAAUUUUGCAGAUCAUGAAGUGAGAACAAAAGCUGUGCAUUGGAUUGAGGCAAUAAGUGAUGAUGAACUUGUUGACAUUCUUCCCCAGUUCGUGCAGGCUCUAAAAUAUGAAACCUAUCUGGACAACUCUCUAGUCAGAUUCCUUUUGGCCCGAGCAUUAGGAAAUAUUCGAAUAGCACACUAUUUAUAUUGGUUACUAAAGGAUACCUUGCAUGACAUCAAACAUGGCAUGAGGUAUGAGCAUAUCCUUGGUGCCUUCCUUUCAGUCUGUGGGAAAAGACUGAGAGAAGAACUGGAAAAGCAGACGAGACUGGUACAAAUACUAGGAAUGGUGGCAGAAAAAGUAAAACAAGCAAGUGGAUCUGCCAGACAGAUUGCCUUGCAAAGUGGAAUGGAACGUGUCCAGUCCUUUUUCUUAAAAAACAAAUGUCGUUUGCCUCUCAGCCCCAGCCUUGUAGCUAAAGAACUUAAUGUCAAGGCAUGUUCCUACUUCAGUUCUAAUGCAGUACCUCUUAGAAUAGCUCUGGUGAAUGCAGAUCCCUUGGGAGAAGAAAUUAAUAUAAUGUUUAAGGUUGGUGAAGAUCUGCGGCAAGAUAUGUUGGCAUUGCAAAUGAUAAAAAUUAUGGAUAAGAUCUGGUUACAAGAGGGACUUGACCUGCGGAUGGUUAUCUUCAAGUGCAUUUCAACAGGCAAAGAUAGAGGAAUGGUGGAGCUUGUUCCAGCUUCAGAUACACUUAGGAAAAUUCAAGUAGAGUAUGGAGUGACAGGAUCCUUUAAAGAUAAACCCCUUGCAGAAUGGCUAAGAAAAUACAACCCUACAGAAGAAGAGUAUGAAAAGGCUUGUGAAAACUUCAUCUAUUCUUGUGCAGGAUGUUGUGUAGCUACCUAUGUCCUGGGGAUCUGUGACCGUCACAAUGACAACAUAAUGCUUCGAAGUACAGGGCAUAUGUUCCACAUUGAUUUUGGAAAGUUUUUGGGCCAUGCGCAGAUGUUCGGGAGCUUCAAGAGGGAUCGGGCUCCCUUCGUGCUGACAUCAGAUAUGGCCUAUGUAAUCAAUGGUGGUGAAAAGCCUACUAUUCGGUUCCAAUUGUUUGUUGAUCUUUGCUGCCAAGCUUAUAACCUGAUAAGGAAAAGAGCCAGCAUUUUUCUUAAUCUUCUGUCACUGAUGCUCUCAUCUGGGUUACCGGAACUUACUGGAGUUCAAGAUUUGAAAUAUGUGCAAGAUGCUCUUCAGCCCCAAACCACAGAUGCUGAAGCUACCAUUUUCUUUACAAGACUAAUUGAAUCAAGUUUGGGAAGCGUUGCCACAAAGUUCAAUUUCUUCAUUCACAAUCUUGCUCAGCUGCGAUUUUCAGGCCUGCCUUCCAACGAUGAGCCCAUUCUCUCCUUUUCUCCCAAAACAUACUCACUUAAACAAGAUGGCCGUAUCAAAGAAGUAUCUGUCUUUACAUACCAUAAGAGAUACAACCCAGAUAAAUAUUAUAUCUACGUUGUCAGAGUUUUAAGAGAGGGGCAAAAUGAACCUACAUUUGUUUUUCGGACAUUUGAUGAAUUCCAAGAAUUGCACAACAAGCUUGGUAUCUUAUUUCCUCUUUGGAAAUUGCCAGGCUUCCCUAAUAAGAUGGUCCUGGGAAGAACUCACAUCAAGGAUGUAGCAGCCAAGAGGAAAGUAGAGCUAAACAGCUACAUACAAAGUUUAAUGAAUGCAUCAACAGAUGUAUCAGAGUGUGAUCUUGUUUAUACAUUCUUCCACCCUUUACUUCGUGAUGAAAAAGCUGAAGGAAUUGAUGGAAUAGCUAAAUGUCCAGAUGUAAGCCCUUCAAGUCCCACCUCAGGCAAAGUCGGAGGAGAAGUUAAGUUAUCCAUCUCCUAUAGAAACAGUACUCUGUUUAUCAUGGUGAUGCACAUAAAAGAUCUGGUUACUGAUGAUGGUGCGGACCCAAAUCCAUAUGUGAAGACAUACCUGCUUCCAGACAUACAUAAAACAUCUAAACGGAAAACCAAAAUAUCAAGAAAAACUAGAAAUCCAACAUUCAAUGAAAUGCUUGUAUACAGUGGAUAUAGCAAAGAGACACUCAAGCAAAGGGAGCUUCAGCUUAGCGUACUCAGUGCUGAAUCGCUACGUGAGAACUUCUUUCUGGGCGGUGUCACUCUUUCCUUAAAGGAUUUUAACUUGAACAAGGAAACUGUCAAUUGGUACCGACUUGCUGCUGUACCAUAUUUGUGAAGCUGAUACAGAAGUGAAAAGAAGAACAGAAUUGAAUGAUCUCAACUCCACUUGCAUUUGGUCACUACUUGAAAAUAACUCUCACGCUUUAGUAUAAGAUACUACAAUUCAGCAGAUUACAGUUGGCACAACCUUCACAAAUUUUAAACAGGACUUUUUCUGGCAAACCAUAUCAGCUUAUGCUUUUACUGUAGUAAUCUAAGCAUCAAUGUAAAUUUAUUGUAUAAAUUUAGUAUGUGGAUAAUGAAGUUCUAAGUCUUGACUAGUUGUUCCAAUUUAAAGCUGAGGUGUGUUAAUCAAUUCAGUCACGUUUGAAUUGCUUGGCUGUUGAUACAUUGCAAGCUUGCUUUAGGCUUCUGCUGUCAUGAGAUGCAGCACCAUGUUAAAACAAAAUUAUUAAGGUAAAAUAACUGCCCAAGCUGUCAAAGGGGAGAUUGAACAGAUAGUUGGGAAAACUCCAGUCACAUUGAGCCUUUGGACUCCUUGGACCUCUUUGAGGUUAUUAUCAAAAUGAGUGCCAUGAAGUUAUACAUAAUGGUGCCUUAUUUUAUCACUCAACUGCUUCUUAUACCUCAUUUCUGAUAUUUAAAAACAUUUAGCAAUGCUAAAGGUUAACAUACUUUUUAAAAUCUAGUCCUUUUAAAAACUAUUGCUUGCACAUGUGGCUCUAUAUAAAUUAUUUAACAUUUUCUUCCUUGUAUGUAUUCUGCUUUCUUAGGUCAAAUUCAAAUGACAGCAGACGUCUGAAUCCUUCUCUAUUUUGACUCUUUAUGUUUGUCCUUAAUAACUUGAUGAACUGAAAAUAUUAUACGGAUGCAUAUUCGGGUAGUUUUAUGCCAUGGUUUGCUAUAAGUACUUCUAUUUCCAGAAUGUAGAUAUCUAUUUAGGAGAAAUUUGGGGUUCAGUUUCCAGUUCACAUGUAAGGCACACAUAAGUUGCCAUACGUGUAAGUUCCGUGUGACUGAAAUAUUUACAUCAAAUAGCAGAAGGCCACAGUAUCAGCUGUUGGCUGAGAAUAAGUUGCACUAAAAAUGGUGAAUUUCACUAAGUGACAGCUUGAGCUAGGUAUAAUUUCCAUAAUAAUUAAGAGAACAGUCUAUUAAGCAUUCUAUUCAUUUCAAUGAAAUUUUGAUUUGCCCUUAGAGACAUGAGUAGAAGAUAGCUUUCCUCCACCUUUUAAUGGCUUCUGCCCUAAAUUCUAUUUUUAUUCUAGUUUUGUACAUUUGUGAUACUGACUGUAAAUGCAAUAUAGUAACUCCAGUUUGAAACACUAGCUAAUGUAGGGAAAAUGUUUAAAUUGCACAAUAAUUUUAAUGCUGAAGCCCAAAUACUUUUGAAUAAACAUGACAGGGAUACAGUCUCUGAACCGUCUAUGACAAUGAGGUUAAAGCAAAACAAUGCAUUGUUAAAUGAGAUUAUGGUAGAUAAUGACAAUCUUUAUUACUGGAAAACUAAACUAAACUAUGAUCUAAUUUAUUUCCCCUAAAAUAUAGUUAAGUCCCUGGUUUCAAAUGCAGUAUAACAAAGUGUAAGUGAAAAAAUGAACAUAAAUGUUUGGUGCCUAAAACAUUAAUGGUCCAAUUAUACAAAUAACCUUGGAAUACUUCUCAGUGUUAAAACUGCAUAGUGUUUAACAGAAGCUAUUUGGCAUUUUAAAAAGCACCUAGGUUAUAUUUGCUAUAGUAAGUUCAGUAUGCAAGAAAUAACCUAUAUAGUAAAUAGAAUAAACUAACUAGAUUGUAUUUCCUGCUCACUUGAUGUUUUUUGAGAUGCAUUCCAUUCAGCAGAACCAGCAUUCACUCACAGGAAAGCUGACUACUGUUUUUGUGAAAUGGUCCAUUAAAGUAACUGCAAGCAAUAUGUACUGCUUUUUUGCAGUCUGUUACUACAGCACACUAAGUUACAGCACAAAACUAGAAAUUUAAAAGAUGCUUUUGAUAGCGGUGAUUUGCAACUGCAAUUUUUGGCUGGUCAUUGGUUAGAAUGCGCUGCACCUUAAGGUAGCAUUUGCCAGUAUCCUUCAUGGUUCAUACCUGUGCCUUUGCUCACUUUCACCACCUUUCAAAAUAAAAUGCACAUUAGGAAUUUUCAGAUAAAUUCUUUAAAAACAUAUUCAAUAAAAUAACAACAGGUGCAACAUUAAUUUUGCAUCUGUUUUGAAUUAUUUAUAGCAAUGUGAUAUAUAAACUUUAACUGUACACAUUCAAAAGUAUGUAUUAAAGCUGACAUAAAAGGGGAGGAGGGAAUUAUUAGGAUAAAUUAAACACUUUACUAAUACAUAUUUUUAAAGUAGUCUCCUGGCAUUUUUAUACUUUAUUAAUCAAAAUUUUAUGCAUCACACAUACAGACUGCAGCUAGAAAUAAAUUUGUGUCUGUCUACUUAUAUUUUGACAUUUUGAGGAAUACAUCUUGCUGUAAGAAAAAUGACCACAUUUUCUGUACUAAGUAACCUGGCUAUGACUUUGCACUGAAGUUUUUAAUAUUACUGCCUUUUUAUGAUCUACACAUAUGUAUGAAAGCAUGAAUGAUCUUUGAUAUUUCUCUAUUUUUAAAAUUAAAGUGGUGUAGAAAUCUUAGUAUCUUGCCUUAAACCUGACUUCUCCUUCUUGGAUACAAUACAGUGCAACUUUCAAACUGAGGAGUUUCUUUUUCUGAUAUCUUCAAAAUAUGGCCACAGUCUAAUGCAGGAGUAUGUAUGUUUAAAUCUAUUGAUAUCAGUGGGCUUACAUCUGGAUUAGAUUGUAACCAAUGGUGUGGUACAUGGAGGAAAAUAUUCAGGCCAUAUUACAGCAUUUUCAUAUCCAUAGGAAUUUAAUUUUCCUUCUGUGCUUUGUACUCUCAGACUGACUAAAACAUGGCAGAGGUUUAUAGAUAAUGGAAAGCAUUGGGAGCAAAUGUAGACAUUUGCCUUUAAUUAUUUAUCUGAAAGAACCAAAUACUUCAGUUAUAUUACACUGAUAGCUAAUAAAGAUGUACAGUAUUUCUAUCAAUAUCCUAACCCAUAAUGUAUGGGUUAAAUGUGACUCCAUAACUGUCCUACAAUUACAUUAAACACUACUCUGGAAUAAA